GAGCAGCUCCAACUUGGAAUACCUGAGCACAGACCCAACUAGUCGCGACAUGAGGAAGCAUUGCAUCUACGGAUGCUGCAUUUUGCUGCUGCUGCUGCAGCUGGUGAGCGGCGAGCAACAGGCGGAAGAUCACAGAAUUCAAAGACGUUUCAUGUGGCAGCAAAUGGACAUGGGCGGCCUUAUGGGCCGCAUGUUCGGCGGGGCACGGAUAAUGAGAUCCAUGUUCGGUGACUUUAUGCCCAGCACAGCGAGCUAUAGCAAGAACAUGAUGGACUAUAUGCCAACGGAGACGACGCGCGUCAAGUACAUCAUACGAGAUCCGCAUACGAACAAGCCGGUGAAGAUAAUCAAGAUGCGUGGCUCAGCGAAGAAGGUGGUGAAGCUGAUAAGGCCACUGCCCAAGCCACAGCCACUGGUCACAGAGUCGACGAAGCUGCAGUACGAGAAUCGCAUGCGGCAGCUGGAGAAGGAGCAGGAGCUGAUUGCUGAGGGCAAGGCGCCCGCUAGCAGCGAUGAGGCACUCAUGGAUAAAUACUUUAAGCACAAGCCGCGCACCAACAGCAACGAGAUUGUCUCUGGCAAGAUUAUGGAAUACCAGAGCUGGAAGCCGGUCUACAAGUCGGGUGAGCAGCCCACGUCCUAUGUCACGCUGCGUCCCCAGGCCAUGACACAGCUGCACACACAAAUUACGUCGAGCCGCGACAACAAGGACUAUCCGCCUCCUGGCGAAAUGCUGCCCAAGCCCGAGAAACUGGUGGGCCGACGUCCAGAGCUGGACGAGGAGGACGACGACUUCGAGCAAGUCGAUGACGACAAUGAAAAUGAGCUAGCCAAGCCGCCGAGCGGCCAUCAAUACGAGGUGACCGAGCACACGGGCGAGGCCAGCGGCGAGGUGCAAUCGCUGGCCCCCAUGGAGGGCGGCUUUGUGCCCUCCAAGCAGUAUCACAGCCAGCCAAGCGAGCAGGCCAACAGCCAGCCAAGCAGUCACUCCGGCAGUCACUCGAGCAGUCACUCCAACAGCCCGCCCGACAGCCAUGCCAAUGGCCAGCACAGCCACAGCGGCAGCCACGCGCACCGUCCGCGUAGUCGUGGCAAUAGCCUUGCACCACCGACUACCACAACCACCGAGGUGCCCAAUUAUCCGCCAGCGUUUCUGAAAAAGUAUCGCGAACGCGAGGCCGCCGCAGCCAACGCAAAGCCCAGCAGCAGCAGCAGCGGCAGCAGCAGCAGUAAAUCCCGACCUAAGCACCACAAAGAGCUGAUCCUCGUCGAGCCGCAGAACAGCCAAGCCCAAUCCAAUAUUAGCUUUGCGAUGAGCAGCCUACGCGCACGCCUCCAGGAGCAGCAGCGUCAGACAAAUCAGGAGGAGCGCGACGCCGAGAUGGAGGCGGCCCUGGUGGACGCCAUGCACGGGGACAAAUGGCCAGCGCAGGUGCAGCACGGCGGCAGCUAUCUGACCAGUCCCAUUGGACCCAGUGCGGUGGCCUUCGACCAGGCCGUGCAGCCCUCAAAGAAGCAGCGCAGCGAGUACAAAAGACAGCGGGCCAAUCUGCGACAGCGCGGAUCCGUCAAGUUUAGCGAUAAUCCCAUCGAGGAGGUGUAGCCCAGGAGCAAGCGAAGCAAGCGGAGCAGUAACCAAAGCAUAGCCAAAGCGUCAGUUAAGCGUUUUAAUUGCCUAGCUGUUAACAUAGUUUUUAAAAGGCCUAAGUAAAAGCAAGAGUU